GUCUCAGGGGCUUCAGAGAAUUCUUCGUUCCCACACUGGACACCUGGGUUUAAGUCGCAUCCAGGGCACCUCAUGAGAAGCAAGCGCCGUCUGUCGGGGGAGGUCUUGACGCACUGGCUGCUCCCGGAGUCCAGGAGUAAAAAGAUUCCCAGGAUGUAAGCGAUACGGGACUGGUGCCUUGCCGCCUGCCCUGCUCAGCCACUGGCGCGCCACGGCUUCCUCUGCUGAGCCCCUCCUGGAAACGGCAGCCGCAGCCGCCAGCACACAAGGAGAGCCACCGUCGCCCUCGGGAGGGCAGAGCCCACAGCCUCCUCUCUUAUUUGUCCUCAGUUUUGCGUCCCCAGCCCCACCAAGAAAGUCAAGCCAUCGCCCCGGAGCAGGAGGCAUGGCAAGCAAACGAAAAUCCACGACCCCCUGCAUGGUGCGCACGUCCCAGGUGGUGGAGCAAGACGUGGUAGCCGAGGAGGGGGACCGGACCAAAGACCGGGGGACGGGUGUGCAGCAGCAGCAGCCGCUGCCCACCCUGGCCAAGGACAGCUGGGCCGCAGAGUCCGACAGCGCUUCCAAAGAAAACGACGUGAUCGAGGUGAAAUCCACCGGGGACCCCCCGUCCAAAAAGCUACAAGGGGGGUACGAGUGCAAGUACUGCCCCUACUCCACGCAGAACCUGAACGAGUUCACGGAGCACGUGGACACGCAGCACCCCAACGUCAUCCUCAACCCCCUGUACGUGUGCGCCGAGUGCAACUUCACCACCAAAAAGUACGACUCUCUGUCCAACCACAACGCCAAGUUCCACCCAGGAGAGACCAACUUCAAGCUGAAGCUCAUCAAACACAACAACCAGACGGUCCUGGAGCAAUCCAUCGAAGUCACCAACCACGUCAUCACCAUCCCCCAUGGCGGCCCCGCCUGCGCGGACAGCGACCCUGGGAUCUCCGUGAGCAAGACCCCCAUCAUGAGGCCCGGGAAACCGAAAGCCGACGCCAAGAAGGUGCCCAAGAAGGCCGAGGAGGCCACCACUGCCACGGAGAACCACAUGGACGGGACCGCCCGCCUAGUGGCCGACGCGGCUGAGAUCCUCUCGAGACUCGGGGGCAUGGAGCUCCUCCAGGACUCCCUGGGGCACGUCACGCCUUCUGUACAGCUCCCACCAAAUAUCAACCUUGUGCCCAAGGUCCCCGUCCCGCUGAACACUACCAAAUACAACUCGGCCCUGGACACCAACGCCACCAUGAUCAACUCCUUCAACAAGUUCCCUUACCCGACGCAGGCAGAGCUGUCCUGGCUGACGGCCGCCUCCAAACACCCCGAGGAGCACAUCCGCAUCUGGUUCGCCACCCAGCGCCUGAAGCACGGCAUCAGCUGGUCCCCCGAAGAGGUGGAGGAGGCCCGGAAGAAGAUGUUCAACGGUACCAUCCAGCCGGUGCCCCCGACCAUCACUGUGCUGCCCGCCCAGCUGGCCCCCACCAAGAUGUCCCAGCCCAUCCUCCAGACGGCCCUGCCCUGCCAGAUCCUCGGCCAGACCAGCCUGGUGCUGACCCAGGUCACCAGUGGGCCGACCACCGUCUCCUGUUCCCCCAUCACGCUCGCCAUGGCCGGAGUGACCAACCACGGCCAGAAGAGACCGCUGGUGACUCCCCAUGCCGCCCCAGAGCCCAAGCGUCCGCACAUCGCCCAGGUGCCAGAACCCCCACCCAAGGUGGUCAACCCGCCACUGGCCCCCGCGGCCAGUGACCGCAAGAAGACUAAGGAACAGAUAGCGCACCUUAAGGCCAGCUUCCUGCAGGGCCAGUUCCCUGACGACGCGGAGGUCUACCGCCUCAUCGAGGUGACCGGCCUCUCCCGGAGCGAGAUCAAGAAGUGGUUCAGCGACCACCGCUACCGGUGUCAGAGGGGCAUCGUGCACAUCACCAGCGAGUCCAUUGCCAAAGACCAGGUAGCCCUGGCAGGCACCCGACACGGCCGCACUUACCACACAUACCCAGACUUUGCCCCACAGAAGUUCAAAGAGAAGGCCCCGGGCCAGGUCAAAGUUCUGGAAGAGAGCUUUCUGAGAAGCUCUUUUCCAACCCAAGCCGAACUGGACCGGCUCAGGGUGGAGACCAAGCUGAGCCGGCGAGAGAUCGACACGUGGUUCUCGGAGAGGCGGAAGCUGCGGGACAGCAUGGAGCAAGCCGUUUUGGAUUCCAUGGGGUCUGGCAAAAAGGCCCACGACGCCGCCGUGGCCCCCAAUGGGGCACUCUCACGACUCGAGCAGCUCUCCGGGGCCCAGCUUGCCUGCUCCCUGCCCAGUCCUUCACCCACGACCGCGAAAAGCCCUGGGCAGGUCCACCUCCUGAGGGGCACGUUUGCCAGGACCCAGUGGCCCACGCCCCAGGAGUACGACCAGCUAGCCGCCAAGACAGGCCUGGUGCGGACUGAGAUCGUGCGCUGGUUCAAGGAGAACCGAGGCCUGCUGAAGGCCGGGAGCCUGACGUGGAUGGAGCCACACCAGCACCAGCGCCUUGCGGACGAUCCUGGCUACGACGCCGGCUGGAGGAGAGCCGCCAAGCCCACCGCAGGGAGCCCAAAGCCCGGGAGCGAGGUGGCCCCACCGAGCCACCAGGACACCAGAAAGCUCUGUGAAGAGGACUUGGAGACCCCGGGGUCCAGGGUGAAAGUGGGUAGCAACGAGCCAGAGAAAGACCGUCUUCCUGCCAAGGCCUCCGAGCCCACGUCGGACAAAUCUGAGGCCAACAGCCGGGAUGGCCCGGGCAGCGAGGAGAAGGAAGAGUCGGGCGUGGUGGACUGGGUAGAGGUGACGGUGGGCGAGGAGGACACUGUUUCAGACCGGUCGGAUAGCUGGAGUCAGACUGUACCCGGAGGCCCGGCCGAGCCGGCCGACUCGGACUCCGACAAUCCCCCUGCCGAGGCCAGCCAGGCCUAGACAGUCCGUGGGACCUUGUGUAUCCGGCAUAACAGCGAUCCGAGGGGUCGCCUGUCAGAACUGCUGUGCUGGGGGAAGACACUGUCCGGGAAGGAAGCCGAGAACGUCUCUCUCUCCUGGCUGCCGGGGGCAUCCUGACCAGCGUGUGCCUGGAGGGUUAGGAAGCCCGCCACCCCUCACGGGCCUCCCCCCAAGUGGGCAGGGACUGUUCAUAGUGCCAAAGUCCUACUACUGCGUCUCCAGGGGGUCCCUGUGAGGAGGUCCCGCCCCUGGCGGUACCAAAUCCCACCUGUACACCUGGGGGUUUUGUUACUCUUGUCAGUGAGAGCCACUUCCUUUGCCAGGAGGGAGGGCCAGCCACACCUGCUUUCUGCUUUUCCCCCUUUUGGUUUUUCAUAGGUUUUUUUGGUUUUUUGUUUUUGGAGGUUAGCAUGAGUGCCACUCGAUCUUCUGGAUUUUAGGUAGAAUUCCCUUUGAAGGGUAGUUUGAAAUGCAGAGCUUGCUCCAGGGGUAGGUCUGGCAUCCGGGCCUCUCUCCCCACCUGGAGGGGGCGGGUGGCUGGCAGAGCUUCCAGAUCAAAUCUAAUAGGCCUCUGCCUCUCUCCCCGGCGGAGGCCAGGCACCUGGGUUUCUGAACUGCCAGGAGGUGGGUCGCUGUCUCCGUUGCCUGCCCCCACCCCACCCCAGAAGGCCCUCCUGCCUCCCUGGGGAGAACCCCUGGGGGCACAAAUGCUUACAACACUCAACUGUCAAGGUUGGGGCCUCAAACCCAGCCAGAGGUGCCUGGGAAGUAGGUCUGCUGGUCUGCCUCCAGUAAGUCAUAGCCUCUCAAGCCCUCAGAGGGCAGCCCCGCUCGGCACACUUGCUGUCGCCAGGAGGCUGUGGCUCCAGGUGGGCCGUGGAUGCCGCCCCUCGGGCCUCUGGGCCCGGGCAGCACUAGAGAAUGGAGAGUAGAUGCCUGCCCGCAUUCAGCACUUUCUUAAAUACCAGCAGAAAGGGUUUCUGGGUUUGUUAGCGCUAUUAUUACUACUUUUAUUAAAACAUAAAAUCAAGAAGGUCUUCAUAUCUAGAUAGUACAAUCAUGAACAGCUUGGGCUUUCGUUUCUGUUCUUUAACUGCCUUUUCUUGGCGGGGUGUUUACAGGAUUUCAGCUUGAAGCCUCACCACGAACUGAUUUUUCUGUUUGUGUUUGUUUGGGGCCGAUUUUAGAUUCCUGAGUGCACUUUCCCCCCAC